CUAUCGAUAAAUAGCGCCAAUGAUAGGCUGGUUGUCACAAGCCAAUGCUAAUGCUACUUGAACACCAUUAUAAUAGUUUCGAGGUGCAUGGUAUUUUAACAAAUGUUUUACGAACAAGGAAGUGUAUGGUACCUGCUAUUUUACUAACACAACUCAUGUCUGCAGCUCACGUAACAGCAUUUUCACGUUAUUUUAUGUCGCUGCUAGCUAAUGAGCGGACUAAGAAAGUCAACUAGCAUAACUUGUGAUCCCUGUGAAAAGCCAGACACCUUUUUCAUAUAUAAUCGAGAGUUGCUAACAUGGAUGAUACCGGUUGGAAUGACACUACGACGGCAACACCCGAUCUACCACUCGAGAUCAUCGUUUACAUCCUGAGUUUUCUCCAUGCUUCAGAUAGGAAGGAAGCUUCAUUGGUCUGCCGUGAUUGGUAUGAUGCCAGCCAGGACCUGCGUUUCCAGAAAAACGUCACAUUCCGGUUCCCAGCCUCUGCUUCCUCUCUGGAUUUGAUUAGAGGUCUGAGCCGAAAGUCAUGUUGUAGUCUAAUCAUCAGCCAAGUAGAUGGGUUCAGUUUGUCCAGGACCCUGCUUCUGGAGGUGGGUCUAUGUCUGGGCCCUAAAUUAGAGAGCUUGGCCCUGCCUGGUAGCAGCAUAACAGAGGCUUCUUUGCUGGCCCUCCUUCCCCAUCUCACCUCUCUCCGCAGACUGGACCUCAGGGGCCUUGACAGCCUUUUUAUGUCUGGAGCUUUUCUCUCAAGGGAGGAGCAUAGAAAGCAGGUGAGGUUGGCCUUGUCUGGUCUGGAGGAGUUGGACUUGUCUAAUCUGCGCUACCUCUCAGACCUCACCUUCAACAGGCUCACUGGCUGCACCCCCAGUCUCCACCGGGUCUCACUGGCUGGCUGCCAUAUUGCUUUUGAGUUCGACCCAUAUCAAGGGUGUCCGGUGGGAGUGGGCCAGGACUCAUCAGCCUUACUGUCACUCAGAAACCUGCACAGGUUUUUGAUGGAGCAGACACCCACCCUCGUUGCGUUGGACCUCAGCAGGACAUCCAUCACCCCUGAGUCACUACGCACAGUUGCAAAGGUUCCUGGCCUGGUCCUGGAGGAGCUGCGAUUGCAGGGUUGUAAGGAGCUGACUGACUACUCAGUCGAGGUUCUGGUGAAGCACCAGCCUAGUCUGCAGAGACUGGACCUCAGUGCCUGUACCGAGCUGACCAGCAGAUCAGUACAUGCCAUAACAAAGGGCCUGAAGGGACUCAAACACCUCUCUCUUUCCCGGGACUGGAGGGUCACAGAAAAGGGCCUGGCAGACCUGAUAUCCGUGUCGUCACUGAGGAGUCUGGACCUAUCUGAAUGUCCGCAUGUCAGUGGGACAGAAAUGGUGAAAGGCCUGAUGGGAAGGGAUACUGCCAAAACAAAGCUAAACAAGCUCAGCUUGAAGAGCUGCACAUACAUAAGGGAUUUAGCGAUAUUCUCUCUCGCCCAACUUCUUGGCUCAACACUUUGCGAGUUGGACCUCACCUCCUGUGUCUACCUGACCGACCUAUCUCUGCGCACUAUUGCCACCUACCUGCAAGGGCUGGUGGUGCUGCGGCUUGGCGGGUGCAAGGAAAUCACGGACUGGGGUAUGCUGGGAAUGGAGGAGCCAACGAUGGAGUAUGAACCUGCCCAGGAGAUGGACAAAGGUCCCAGUUUUACAAGAACCUUUGGCAACAUGGGCUUCUUCUGGCCUCCUAGCACGCCAUUCCAGGAGCGACCCAAGCUGGUGACAGAGGAGGACCUGAGCCUGUUCAGAGAGCAGGGAGGGGCUUCACUGCUAACACUCAGUAGGCUGCAGGAACUGGACCUGUCUGCCUGCUCCAAACUCACUGAUAGCAGUAUCACACAGGUAUUACAUUACCCAGACCUCCAACGCCUCUCUCUCUCCAUGCUGCCGGAAAUCACAGAUGCCAGCUUGGCAUCGGUUGCGUGGCAUUGUCGUAGCCUCACCAGCCUCGCGCUCAGCCACUGCCCUCGCGUCAGUGACAAUGGAGUGGCAAAGGCUGUACCAUAUCUCCACAGACUGCAGUAUCUCUACCUAUCCUGUUGUGAUAACAUUACCGACAGAUCUCUAUCCCUCCUGGUGCAGCACUGCAAGAGGCUCAGAACGCUGGACAUCUCAAUGUGCAAAGACAUCAACAUAACAACUGUAGACUUCCUCCAGUCCCAGCUACCGUUCCUUGAAAAUAUCCACUGCCGGUUUGUAGGUGGGGCUGACCUCACACUUACACUCUGAAUGUUUGUCUGGCUGUUUGUGAACAAUUGACCAAAACCCGCUACUUGAGUUUUACCUACACAUCAGCAAUUUGCACAUCUACUUAUUUUCCCCAAAAACAUUUCUGCGUUGUCAGUUUACAGUUGUAUCCACUGUGGGAAAUUACCACCAUGUAGCAUCAGUAGUUCAGCAUCAGCACUUAUUUUCUAAAGGGUUUCCUCCUGUGGGUAGAGCAUCUACCCCAGUAGAAUCUAUAACUUCAAGCAAAAAUAAAAAUAGGUCUUAAAAAGGUUUUGAAUUGAACUUUUUGUGACCUGCGGACAACCUCAAAAAUAAAGCCAAAAGAAUUUAAGGGUUGUCUUAGUGACCAGAAAUGUUCAGCACCAUGUACUUUUUUUCAGCACCAUCGGCAAAACACCAAGUAAUGGCAUCUGUUCUGGAUGAAUGGUGGACUAAUAAAAUCCUACACAUUCAAAUGGUACAAGGAAAAGCAACAUUUUGCGAUGGGCGAACACGAUAUCAAAACAUGUUUCCCUUGCUACAUAUCACUGGUUAAUGCAUGCCCACUAUAGCUGUUGAUACCGUCCAAACUGACUAAAGGAUUUUAAUACUGAUUCCAUAGAGGAAAAUCCCUCGUUUUAUAUUUUGAUAAGCAGACUUGGCCAAGCACUGUAACUUAUGUAGAGAAAAUACUACUUGCUAUGUACAUUAAAUAGGUUUUUAAUAAAUUUUGUACUGUUGUUAAACUUUAUGAUCCACUAUGAAAGAGGGAAAACUUUAAAAUGUAAAAACACUAAUAAAUAUUGUAAAAGGGUCAAAUAUAAAUUAUAUUGUAUCAAGAAAUUAAGAUUUGGUUUUAUACUCCCGCUUAAGCUUGUAAACAAACAAUUACACAUGGCCUCAGUAUGCUUUAUAUAUCAAACUGUCUUUAUUCAUGUGAAAUAACCCAUCUGGGUAGCAAAUUGCAUAUUCUGAAGUGGACAUUGACAAAGCUUGCUGUGUCUUGAGGACUGAAUUGCAGUGAAGGAUCAUGGCUGUACUAAUUAAGACAGGUGUAUGUACAUAAAUGUAGUAGUCAAAAUAGAUUUGCUUUGGAUAUCAAGUGCAAAAUUGGUAUCAACCACAUUUGGAGUGCAAGAAUAGGCUCCAUAUUACCAUGUCAGUGAAAUUUCUGAGAACAGUUGAACAUUUUGUAAUUGAUUUCACGAUUUGAUCCUAGUCUAGGCGGCGUUGUCAAAGAAUCAUUGACAAAAGAUAGCAUGCAUGACAAAUUUACAGUGAUGAUUGUUGAUAGAAUAUAAAACUUAUUAAAUAGUCCUGUUACUCUAAAAGUUCUAAGCACAAGCAUUAAUUUACUAUGCCAAAUGUGGCACAGUUUGUUUCCUGUUAAUGGUCCUACUGUUUUACAGUAAAACAAGAAUUGUCAGAUUUGUACAUAAUGCAGGUCUGCAUUAUUCACUUUCAAAAGAUUAUUUGUCCAAGUACCUCAAAAAAAAAAAAAGCAUUCCUGACAGAUUUGAUUUCAGACAUUUGGAAACAUUUAUGCAUAAUCAAGAAGGUUCUUACCUGGAUUAUUGAGCAUGCAUAAAAACAUUUAUGCAUAAGAGCAAACUCUCACUAUUAAGCCAUAGGGUUCCAUACAGCGAACACUUUUCAACUUAAUGUGUAGGCAGUUGCCAGACUGUUUUGUACCACAUCAUACCAAUGCCUAACUGUGAUGAAGCUUAAUUGGGUACCUGAUUGAUAGACAUUAACAUGAGAAAAUCACAACUGAACAGGCCAACAUAAAAUGCAAAAAAAAAAGAUCAGAAGUGGCUGUAGCCUCAUGAUUUAGUAUUGACAUGAUGCAACUGACCUUUCUAGCAUGAGACAAACUUAGUUAAUGAAUUAAAGCACCAAGCCUCAAACAGCCACACCAAUUAAUAUGCACAUAGGAAUGGUACAUAUAUAUUGCAUAUAAAUAUGUAUUUGGCAAUUUCAAAAUGGUUAUACAACGGCCUUAAAGUACAACUAUUUGUCAAUAGCUGUUGUAUUGUAUGAUAAAAGUCUCACAGUUUUCCAAGUCUUAGGACCUGCUGCUACAAGAGCUCCCAUUAGAACAUAAGAGUGAUGGUAGGAAACGGAAUGAUUAAGUGGUUAUGGAGGAAUGCAACACGACAUAUAUGUGGCCUUUGUGAUCUUGGCAAAAAAAAUGCAUUGCUGCAAGGAAAAAACAUAUAACUCGCUUCGGUGUAUAAGUUGCAUUUAUAUCGUGGUACAGUAUUUUAUAAUUGAGUCACAAAAUUAAACAGUGCCAUUUAGUGGCCUUAGUUGAAAUGCAGUGUAUUUGUCCGACAAAAUUACAGUGUAUAAGGCGUAGGGACCAGCCAGACGAGUAAAAAACCAGCAAUUUAUAAUCCGGGGAAAUACGGUCUCCAGCUAUAAAGGAUUUUGUAUUCAGCUGUAAUUAAAGGGCAAUAUCAUCAGCGUUCUUUUCCGGGUUAAAUCAAAGAAGAUAGAAUCAAUUCAUCUGAAUGCAACAUUUAUAACACAACAUAAACGUUUUAUCCAGAUGAACGGAUUCAACAUUCUUUGAUUUUAUUACCUGGAUUAUUGAGCAUGCAUCAAGACAUCUUUUCCGGGUUGUUCAAAUGGAAAUGCCCAAUCAGCCAUUGGCCAUAAGCAGUGACGCGGGUUAGCGUUGAUGCCCGACCCUCCCCUCCCCCACACACACACACACAUGCAAUUCACAGAGUGUAAGCAUGGAGAGUGACAAAAGUGUUAAAAGAAAGUGCAGAACCCUAUGUCAGGUCACAUAGGAUAUAGAAAGGCUUGGGAAAAUAGCAUAUUGAUGCUAAAACAGAUGUACUUCGACCAAAAUUUGAAUUUUCGGAUUUGAAUACAUAGGGAACACAACUGAAGCCACAGAAUGAUAUCAAAACCUCAACAACAACAAAAAAAGGGGGGGGAGACACACACCCCCCACCCCCCCUAAGUUUUAUUCUUUAUUAUCAGGGUAUGGUCAAUG